AUGCACUGUCAAGCCGAGCUGAGGCUCUCCUCCCCCGGCCAGCUGAAGGCGGCCAGGCGGCGCUACAAGACGUUCAUGAUAGACGAAAUCCUCUCCAAGGAGACUUGUGAUUAUUUUGAGAAGCUCUCUCUCUACUCGGUGUGUCCUUCUCUCAUCGUCCGGCCCAAGCCUCUCCACUCAUGUUCUGGCUCCUCAUCACUCCGGGCCUACCCGCUCCUCUCGGUGAUCACACGGCAGCCUCCCAACAUGCCCCCCCACCUCCCCCAGCCACAGUCUCCGGGCGGGGUCCCCUCGCACCUGACCCUGCUCUCCCCUCAGCAUCCGCGGGGGUCCGAGCCGUCGCCCAGCCAGACGCCGCUCAGCAUCAGCAGCGAGUCGGAGACGGAGCGCAGCACCCCCCGCCUGAAGAAGCCACGCCGCAGCCGCACCAUCUUCACCGAGCUGCAGCUGAUGGGCCUGGAGAAGAAGUUCCAGAAGCAGAAGUACCUCUCCACGCCAGACAGGUUAGACCUGGCCCAGACACUGGGUCUCACACAGCUCCAGGUGAAAACAUGGUACCAAAACAGGCGUAUGAAGUGGAAGAAAAUGGUGCUCAAAGGAGGUCACGAGGCCCCGACCAAGCCCAAGGGAAGACCCAAGAAGAACUCCAUUCCCACUACGGAGGAGAUAGAGGCUGAGGAGCGAAGGAUGAAGAUGGAGGAGGAGGAGGAGGAGGAGAGGAUGAGCCGGGAGGCCGACAAGCUGCCGUUGGCUUGCAGGGCGGAGGCGUCUCAGCUGGAACCUCAAGAUCUCAGUUCAGACACUCACAGUGCGGCCCGAGCGCUGGAGGAAUCCGAGCGAGAGGUGCCACUCCUCAAGCAAUCAGAGACUCACGCAGAAAGCUAA